CCUUCCCAACAAAGAAGACUUACUUCCCAGCCCAUCCACAACCCACGAUGCUCUCUGCCAACAUCUAACACCUCUGCCAUCACUACCGAUGACCAUUGUUGCCUAUUCUCUCUCUCUUCCCUCUCUUCUCUUUUUCUUCCCUCUUUUUCUAUUUCUCCUCAAUUUCCUGUACGUUACUCUUGAUCUUUGUGCAAAGUCCAACCCAGCAGUGGCUGAGUUCUGUGCCGCUGCAACAUCACCUCUGCUACCCCUCUCUUUUCAUUCUUCUCCUUUCACCAACGUCAUAGAAUGUACGGGAAGUGAUGACACGGAUCUUGUUGAUGAGUUACCGGAUCAUAGUUGCUUUGUCGAAGACGAAAUACCAAGAGUUGAGAUGCGGUUUGAGCAUUUGAAGCUGGUUUAGGAUUUUUAUGCAACAUAUGCAAAGAAAGUCGGUUUCGAUUCAAUAGCGUAGCGGAUGGUUAUUUAGUACCCAAAUGGUUAUUUUGUAAUAGCCUUGGUGUGGUGUGUAUAAUUAGUUACUAUUAUUUUAAACUGGAUAUUCUAUUUAAUAGGAUAGCGGAUGUUUAUUUCCUUUGUUACCCAGAUGGUUAUUUUGAAUAGUUUGGGUGUAGUGUGUGUGAUUCGUUAAAAGUAUUAUUUGGGUUUUAGGAUUUAAUGGGUGUCAUGCUCAAAUAUAAAUAGGCAUUCAGGGUUUCAGUCCCAAUAUACCAAAACUGCUUUUGUUGCUCUUUUUUCAUCAGAAGAGUCACAAUUUAUCCGCUUAGGGAUACAGAAGAUUUUGGUUAGUUGAAGAAGA